AUGCGUCACUUCGAUACUUGGGUUCUCCGUGACCCCUACUCUAUUUGGCAUUACUAUCCAACCGGUCAUCGUUGGCGCGAUACCGUCCGCGAUUUAAUUCAAUCGCGCGCAAUCUGUUCCCCAGAGAACAACCUCAAACCACCCAUAGACUGGAGUCCACCUCAAUCUCAACAAUCUCCUCUCCUCCGCCUCCCAGCCGAAAUUCGCCAAAUCAUCUGGUCUUAUGUCUUCACCAACUCCCCUACCACCGAAACCCAAACCAUCCACUUAGUCCAACUAAAAGGCAAAAUUCGACAUGUUCUCUGUCCAGUCCCGGUCAAGAAGUACCCAAAUCAACCAAACCCAUCUUUAACCCAAAACCGCCACUGUUGCCCUACAACCCCAGCCCGCUGGCGCAUCUACGACGGCCGUGUCCCAGGACACAGCGAUAGACUUCUUUACCCACACACCCACUCCCAUCUCCCGUCAACAUUAAGCAAUAGCAAUACCGCUCUGCUACGUGUCUGUCGGACUAUCUAUUUCGAAUCAGAGACGAUACUCUACAAAACCUCGCAUUUCGACGUCGACGAUUUAUACACUUUUAUUGCAUUUGCGACGUCAUUGUCGCCUGUUGCGCGUGCGGCAAUUUCAAAACUCACAGUGCAAUGGAUGCCGAUUUGGGUGCCGAUGGCUGGGUUGGAUCAUAAGGGGUCGAUUUAUGCCCAUACGCAUAGUGAUGAGUUGUGGGUUAGGUUUUGGGAGGUUGUGGCUAGUUUGGAAGGAUUGAGGGUGUUGGGGUUGAGUUUGGAUUUGGGCAGGUUUACUAGUGUUGUAGGAAGUACCGGGGAGGCGGUGGUUUCUGGUCAGAGGAUUCCGUUUGGGAUUGGAGAAGGGUGGGUGAAGCCUAUUCUGAGGGUUCGGGGGUUGAAGGAGUUUGAUUUGGCCGUUACGGCGAGAUGUGAUUUGCUUGCUAAGGGGGUUGUUGAGGGAGAGUUGGACAUGGCGACAACGGAUCUACCUACUCCUUCCCAUAUCGAAAUUCGUCAUGUCUCUCGAUAUCUUCCCCCAGGGGUCUCCAAGAUCAUUACUCGGGGUGGUGAUAGCUUUAUCGGCUUCGUUGAUGAGUCCACUGUCUUGAAGUACCCAUGCUUUCCUAGCAACUGGGAAAGCUUUGAAAUAGAGGCUCAACUUCUCGCCAUCCUUGGAACCCAUCCCCGGAUCAUUCAAUCAAAGGGGCUGACCGAACACGGUCUUCUUCUGGAGUAUGCUCCAAACGGCAACCUAAGCGACUAUAUCACCUCAAAUAACGUUAUUUCUCUCGAUCGAAGGCUUAAUUGGUGUAAACAAGCUGCCGAGGCAGUUGGUUAUAUCCAUACAAAGCGUGUUAUUCAUUGUGAUCUAAAUGCUCGAAAUUUCCUCCUCGAUGAAAACUUUGAUCUGAUACUGGCGGAUUUCCAAGGGAUGCUCAAGUCGAUUGAUGGUGAAACAUUAUUAGAUGGGCUAUCGCGUGAGUGUUCAAAGUCAUUUCGACCGCGGGUCCACGGGGACUAUGCGGACGUGCACACCGAUCUCUUUGCACUUGGCUCUGCAAUUUAUUAUAUCAUGAACGGGCACGAAAUCUUUCCUGAGCUAGAUAGUUUUGAGGAUGAUGAGGAGAUACUGUCUUUGUUUGAACAAGGGAUAUUUCCAUCUGAUGAGCAAGAGCAUGUAUGUUAUUUCAUCACGGAAAAAUGCUGGAAGCAACAAUACCAGUCUGCUGGAGAUAUUGUUCGGGAUAUCGCUCAACUACGGGGAGUAUCCGAGAAGGGUGGUAUUUAG